CGUGCGAACAGCGAUCAAAACACACCGAAAAAGUCGUGAAUCAUAACAAAAAAGACGUAAAAUUUGAUCAAUCGUGCACAAAAUUGCAAUUUUUCCCUGUUUAAUUGUCUGAUAUCAUGCCCGUACAGUUCUGAUUAAUAGUGCGAUCAUACCGGUUGCAGCGCUGCACCGUGAGAAUGAAGUUUCAAUUCCUAACAAUGUCGCGAUUCGCGUCGUGGUUCCUGCUCUUCAUCGCCACUUGGACCAACCAUCUUCAUCGGGUGGAUGCAGGGGACAUAGUGGACAUUACGGAUACCGUGUUCGGUUCAAUGACCGACACGAUCCCCGUCGCAUAUGGUGAUUUCAAUUCGGAUGAGUUGUUCGAUAUGUUCGUUCUGCGAAACAAUUUCCGCACGAUUCAGAUCCUGUUCGGAAGCGACGAUAAGCCGCUGCUCCAGGCGGGGCCAAAGUGCGAGUACAAAAACUUUCACAUCACUAGCGUCGUUCCGGGGGAUUUCGAUGGGGACGCUUACAUGGAUGUGAUGUUCACCGUUCAGCGGGAAGGGGAGGACCAAGGGGUGUACAUCAACUGGGGCGGGUCGGAAUACAUGAACUGCACCAAGGAGGAUGAGGAACCGCUGAUCGUGAUGCGAGGUCAACCUUUGGCCCUGGAUUACGAUAAGGACUUUAUCAUUGAUUUGUUUGGGAUGGAUACGAAAGGCGAGCGAAAAUUUUGGAUAUUCAAGAAGCCAAAAGAAGGAAAGCGGAAACCUCCGGAUACGUUCCCGAUGGAUGGUAAGCAUGGUGCCUUGCUUAAGGUUCCUCAUUCGCAUGCCAUCAUUGAUCUGGACAAGGACUUUACUGCGGAUUUGCUACUCACCACUGAGAACAACUACGAAGUGUGGAAGGGAACGGAAACGGAGAAAGAGUUCUUCUAUUCUCAUAAAAUCGACUUCCCUGUUGGCAAUUACGAUGCUCAUAUUGGCCAGUCGAUCUUCCUGGACGCGGAAUUGGACGGGAAUCUACUGCAAAUCGUGCCGAUUUGCUUCAACAAGAACUGUAUGAACUCCAGCAUAUUGGUCUACCACGGGAACCAUUUCCAUGAUCUGCAGAUUGAUUUCAAGGAUGACCACAAUGAUGUCUGGGGCUUCGUCGUUCCGGAUCGGUCUAAUUGGGCCACCCAGGUGAUAACCCUCCGCGGUGGCGACUUCAAUUUGGAUGGAUAUCCAGAUCUUCUGGCCACGCUUUCCAAGUCGUCCGGUCAGAUGCAAACGUUUUUGCUGGAGAACGUGCCUUGCGAAAAGCUGGCCUGCAACCACAUGAAGAGGACCUUUGUCGUGCGAUGGAAGGCCCUCGCCCCGUUCACCAACGGAACCAUCAUGGGUUCGUUCUACGAUUUCUACAACAACGGAAUCUUGGACGUUAUCUUCGUGGAAAAAGUGGGUAACACUACCCGUCCGGUGGCGUUCCGGAACUCGCUGGACUACGAUGCCAACUUUGUGAAGGUCAUCGUCUUGACGGGACUGACCAACCAACGGGGACCUAAGAAACUGACUCCCCUGGGGCGGAAGAAGAGAACAUUCGGAACAAAUCUUCCCGGACCACGCAUCGAGUACAACACAACCACCCAGGAUGGUGACCCACAGCACGGUGCUUCGGCGCAGCUACCACAAUCCGCUUACUUUGCCCUGCACCUACCGUACACAACUUUCGGCCUGGGUCGAACACCGAACUUUGUCGAUUCGCUUACCGUGGGACUGUCCAAUCAUUCUCGCACCUGGACACAACUGAUUCCCAACUCGCAGAUGAUUGUCGUCCCCUGGCCUAUCGACGAAACCGACAAGUGGAAGGCUCAGCUAUUCGUCACCCCUAGCAAGCUGAUCCUGAUGAGUGUGGUGGCGUUGGGAGGCAUUUGUUUGGUCAUUCUACUGCUGAUUCUGAUACUGUACGCCAAGGAGAAACGUGAGGAUCGGAUCCAGCGGUCCCUCGAGGCGCAUCGGUUCCAUUUUGAUGCGAUGUAAGACGAUGGGAAAGGCGAAAAGAGAGGUACUUGUUCUGCGAUAUUUAAUUCUACGUUUUAUCUAGACUUGUGGUUUUUUUUUAUUAUUAAUGUGUGUUUAGCCCCCUUUUCGAAUAAUUUAUUACAAGGACUGCACUAAGUAAUAUAUGAGAUAACGGAGACAGUUUUGUUCGCGAUACUACUACAUUAAUAAUCUAAUAGUAAUAAAUUUUUCGGUCAAA